CCCCACAACCUACCACUUCCCUUACAAAUAUCUUUUUAUUAUUUCCUUUUAUACUUCAACGCCGUCUGUCAAUACCGAGCGGGAAAUAGCCGCCCCACUUUUUACCCAUUGACCAAAGCCUCUCUCGCCGGAAUCUCCCGCCGCCGUUGCUUGAACGCCGCUCAAGUUCUCCUUACUCUUUAUCAGUCAUUUCUAUUUCAAAAGCGAUAUUUCUUACAUCAUUUCCGCUUGUUUGAAGUUUCUAGAGAAGGAAAGAAGUUUACUGUUAGGGUUUUGUGUUGUGUAAGUCCGGUUUAGUUUGAUGGAUGAGACGGUACUUGACGAUAUUAUACGGCGGUUAGUGGAGUCUAAGAAUGGAAGGACGACGAAGCAAGUGCAGUUGACGGAGGCGGAAAUACGGCAGUUAUGUUUGGCGUCAAGGGAGAUCUUUCUUAGUCAACCUAAUCUUCUUGAACUUGAAGCUCCUAUCAAGAUUUGUGGAGAUGUUCAUGGUCAGUUUUCCGAUCUCCUACGUUUGUUUGAAUAUGGUGGGUACCCUCCUGCAGCAAACUAUUUAUUCCUUGGGGACUACGUUGAUCGUGGUAAGCAGAGCAUAGAAACAAUAUGCCUUCUUCUUGCAUACAAGGUCAAAUACAAGGAAAACUUUUUUCUUCUGAGGGGCAACCAUGAAUGUGCUUCCAUCAACCGUAUUUAUGGGUUUUAUGAUGAGUGCAAGAGGAGGUUUAAUGUUCGCAUCUGGAAGACAUUUACUGAAUGCUUCAAUUGCCUGCCAGUUGCCGCUCUUAUAGAUGAAAAGAUCCUUUGCAUGCAUGGUGGGCUAUCUCCUGAUUUGAAAAGCUUGGAUCUGAUCAGGAAUAUUGCUCGUCCUGUUGAUGUGCCGGACCAGGGCCUUCUAUGUGAUCUAUUGUGGGCUGAUCCUGAUAAAGAUAUCCAAGGAUGGGGAGAGAAUGAUAGGGGCGUGUCUUAUACAUUUGGGUCUGACAAGGUUGCUGAAUUUCUUCAGAGACAUGAUCUUGACCUUGUUUGUCGAGCCCAUCAGGUUGUUGAAGAUGGUUACGAGUUUUUUGCAAAGCGGCAGUUGGUCACAAUAUUCUCUGCACCAAACUACUGUGGUGAGUUUGAUAAUGCUGGUGCGAUGAUGAGCGUGGAUGAUACUUUGACAUGUUCCUUUCAAAUUCUUAAAGCUUCCGAGAAAAAAGGAAAAAUGGGAUUUGGCAGCAAUGCAUUGAGACCUGGCACUCCACCCCAUAAGAAGUUCUCUUUUGUCUUUCAGGGUAAGGGUUGAUUGAUUCGGGCGACGGAGCUGAUAAAUGCAGAAUUCACUUUGCGCUGCCUCACAAAGCCAUGGAACCUAGCUAUACUGCUCUAUCCGUCUUCCCUGCAAAGAUGAAAAGUGAAGACAUGAUGUUACUGAACAGUGGUGAAGUAACUGAGGCAUAUGAGUGAUACGGGUGGUUAUGUUUUUUUAAUUGUGUAAACUGGAGUUUCUAACUUGGUGUUUAACUGCAAUUGUGUAGUUCAUGUCAAUUUCAUGGCAUUACUUUUCUCUUGAUUGGAAUUGGUGCGAACUUUAUAUAUGAAGGUUACUGCCUUCUUUUAGCUGGUA